AUGGGCCACGACUGCUCCAGCCUCCUGAACCCCUGUAUUGUGGAUUCGGCAUUUAAUCGUAUAGCUAAGCCCAGCUCUACGUACAGACCAUCCGGAGCUCAAGCCUGCUACAUAGAAGCUAGUCCGUUGAAUAAAUGCUUCCCGUUAAUGGGCACCUCCUAUUACCAGUGUCAAUGUGGCCCAGAAUUCCAGCGCGACACGACUGUACCAUUUGAUAAUUGCUAUUCCUUCAAGAGUUCCUGCAACUCCAGAGUCUGCAUCAACGGAUUUCGCCAACUACAGGUUGGCUGA